AUGCCGACAAGAAGUACUGCGGUUGUUGCAGGCAGCAUUGCUAUCCCAUCCUUCGCAAACACGACGUUCAUAAAGAACUAUGUGGCCGACACGAAUGACGGAACGUCCACUUCUUCCAUCAGCCCAAACCUUUUGAAAUCUUUGAUCGGAUUCAAGCUAUCUGCGUCAAGGCAACCCAAGCUCGAUAACACAGACUAUAUCUUUGAAGGAAGGAUGUACGGAGUUGCCUCAUCGGUGAGCAUCACAGACAACGGCCUCAAGAAGUCGGUCCGGAAAUACCGGUUUGAGGAGGUCGGCUACCUCCCUCAGGUUGGGUGUCUGUACAACAGCAGCACAAACUUCCGGAUUGGGAAAGAAUAUCCUCAUAGAACUUUUACCGUCACUGGGUUCCUACCCGACUCUGUGGGGAGUGCUCAAUGGUCCGAGUACAUUGGCGCAACUUCAGACUCCAUCGUCGCCAUUGGUGUCGCCGACAGCCCUCAGUCACCUCGACGAUACAUCUCCAUCGCUGCAGGAGAAAAGUACCGAGUUUUGAACACCACGCAGUGCACAGUGGACUUUGUGCCUACGUGGUUCCAGGUAACGGUCGAUGUCAAAGAUAAGAGCGUCGGUGUCGUUCCAAUGAGCGGUGAUGACGUUCAGGACAUCGAUCCAGAGCGCAUCUUGACGCGAAGCGCCGUCAGAGAGCUUGACUCGAUGUCAAACAGCUUGCAGAGCUUCUCCGGUUCUGUACUUGGAGAUGCCCUUCUCGCGAGCAUUGCCGCCUGGAAUAGUUCGUUCAACGCACAGGGUCUGGUAUCAGAACGAGAUGCGACAUUGUCUGGACUGGAACACGCCUUUGCCUUCAUGACUGAUUCAGUACUAGCGGGCUAUGGACAGAUUCAACUGGGUCACUUCUCCAAGCCAACAACAGCAGAAGUCGAGGUUGAUGUUUAUGUACUGGGAAAGAAGGCCUUCACCAGCGUGGCUGUUUUGAUAAACGCCGCGAUCACUGUUGCAUUUUACUUUAAUAUUCCACCAUAG